AAAACACCUUUCCGGAAUGGGGCUACAGGUGGGUCCGGAAGCACGAAGAGUAAGCUACCUAACGAAGUUGUGGAAAACUCCGCCGAAGUCUCGAUGAAGCACGAUUUAAGGCUUUAAAAACAUUGAUCUGUGACCAUGGUUGCGUGUGAGGGCCUGUCCCACUGCAAGCUGGCUUUGGCCUUUGCUGUGAUGAUGGAUCUACUCGGUGGAGCCGCCCUGCUGGUGGGAGUGUUUGUCCCUCUGGAGAUCCAGGGCCAGGACUUUGGUGACCUGCUGGUGUACACGGGAGCAUUGCUGGUGGUCAUGUCCCUCUGGGGUUGGGUACUGUGGUACAGUGGCAACAUCGAAGGCCUGGCCACCAGCAAGGAGAUGGGACACAUUGGCAGUGCUGUAGACAGACUAGCUCGUAACCUCAGCCGCAAGAUUCGCACCUACCGAGGGCAUCGGGGAACCUAGAACUGGUGUCUGCGAUGUCAAAGCUCAGUUGUGCUUUUUAUGAGCUAAUAAUGUUUCACACCAAAAUGUCCUUUAACAUAAAUGUAUGUGUUCAGAACAUUUCAAAUAUAAUAGUACACCAGCUUCACAUAAUGGUUGUUCUGUUACAAUGGCUACAGGUGAGAUGUCUUGAUGUAAUAUUGCCUUUGUUUUUUUGUCAUUUUUCAAGCAUGUCUGUUUAUAAUUUCUUUUUCAAAUAAAUGCGUAGAGUGAAUCCUCA